CCUCCUCCUCCUCCUCCAGGCUCCAACCCGUCGCCCAACAAGGGCUCCCUGGUGGUGGUGACCUUUGGGUCCCGGUCCGGAGGCCUGUGGUCCGGCCGGAUCGUGGAGAUGCAGGGUGAGUCGGUGCUGCUGGGCGUCACGCCGACGGCCACGGCCAUCGUGGGGAAGUACCGGACCUACGUGGCCAUCUCAGUGGGCAGCGGCAUGCAGCGGACCAAGAGGGACGCCGGCACCGACCUGUACCUGCUGUUCAACGCCUGGUGUCCAGAGGACCCGGUGUUUCUCCCGAAUGACUCGGAGCGGAUGGAGUACGUCCUGAACGACAUUGGCAUCAUCUACCAGGGCUCGAUCGGCGCCAUCGUUACCAGGAACUGGAACUACGGACAGUUCGAGCGAGGCAUCCUGGACGCCUGCAUCUACAUCCUGGACGCGUCUCGGAUGCCGAUCUACAACCGAGGCAACAUCAUCAAGCUGGUCAGGAAAGGAUCCGCCAUGAUCAACUCUCAGGACGAUAACGGCGUCCUGGUGGGGAACUGGAGCGACGACUACUCGAUGGGCGUGGCCCCGACGGCCUGGACCGGCAGCGUCGCCAUCCUGCAGCAGUACGCCAACACCGGGGUGCCGGUGUGCUUCGCCCAGUGCUGGGUGUACGCCGGAGUCUUCUGCACCUGUACGGGGACACACAACCGACACGCAACACACUGCACACCAGACAGGAAGCAGNGUUGUGUGUCUGUUCGCGUUGUGCGCUUGGCCGCUGCCCCCUGCUGGCGGUCGGAGGAGGUGCGGUCGGAGGGCCUCCGGGGGCCACGAGGGCCACGAGGGCCUCCAGGGCCUCUGGGGCCUCCACGGCCUUGGGGGCCUUUGGGGCCUCCGGGGCCUCUGGGGCCUCCGGGGCCUCCGGGGCCUAUGGGGCCUCGGGGGCCUCGGGGGCCUCCGGGGCCUCCGGGGCCUCCGGGGCCUCCGGGACUUCCUGUUCACGUCGACGAGUCGGUGAACAGCGACGUGGUUUUCCACAAGAGGGACCGCUACGGGACCAUGCAGGUGUUCAAGGUGGACAAGACCCACGUGGGCCAGGGCCUCUUCACCAAAGCUCCGGGCAGCAGCCAGAUGCUGGACGUCACGCACACCUACAAGCACCCCGAAGGCAGCGCGGCCGACAGCAGGACGAUGACCCGGGCGGAGGAAUACGGCUGUGAGAGGGACCACUCCGACGUACCGGACGGACAGCUGAACGCCGAAAUCACGUCUGAGCUGUGUCGCCUGGCCGAGGACGUCCAGCUGCUGGUGAUCCUGGAGAACGGCAGCGACUCCAACAAGACUGUCCACUGCCACCUGGAGGCGUCCGUCGUCUUCUACACCGGCGUGGAGGCCAACCACUUCAAGAACCUGGACUUCACGGUCGCCGUGGCAGCCAAACAGAAGAACACCGCGAAGGUGAAGAUCACGGCGGCGGAGUACAUGCCUCACCUGGGCACCCAGACCAGCCUGCACUUCCUCCUGAGCGGAUCGGCCGACGACCAGUCGGUGAGCGCCAUCAAGGUGAUCGAGCUGCAGAGCCCCGGCCUCACCCUGACGGUGACCGGCCAGCCUCAGGUCCAGCAGGAGAUGUUUGUGACGGUGGUCUUCGUCAACCCGCUGAACGAGCCUCUGCACCACGUCUUCAUCUACAUAGAGGGCGCCGGAGUCAUGAGCCUGAGACGCCGCUACUUCGCUAAAAUCGAGCCCCAGGCGACGGUCAGCUUCAUGGAGCAGUCCACCCCGCGGCUGCAAGGAACCCGGCGCAUCGUGGCGGUGCUGUACUGCAGAAAGCUGAGCCAGGUGCAUGGUUUCGUCGACAUCACCGUUGCCUGACCCGCCUCGCCGCACGCCACCUGUCUGAGUGGGCGGAGCCUGCAAGAAGCGCCACUUCCUGUUGUGAUGAUUCUUUUUUUUCCUUCUGUGAAAUCAGUUUGAAGCUUGAACUUGACGUUCUUUAAUCGAUUUAUUCCUCAGAUGUGGAGGUUUGCGUGUCGACGUUUUCCUCUUUAUAGAACGGAAACAAACAGAAACAGCUUAAGAUGAGAUUUAAAGACGUCAUUUGUUUCUGUUUUGUUCCAGUUUUAUUUUUUCAUACAGUUGUUUUCAAUCAAAGCAAAGCAAAAACUAAUUAGACAUGCCCAAAUCUUUUUAAAUCCAAAUUUGACAGAGCAUUUGGGUUGUUUUGUUUUUGACAAAAUAAGACUUCAAAAGUAAAUUCUGAGUUUGACAUCAGCUGCAACGGUGACAGAAUGAGUCGAUGUUAAAUGUUAAUCAAAUCAAUAGGAGUGGCCUGUGGGACACAAAAACACCUCCAAGUCUGUGGGAUAUAAAUCAGUUUAAUCCUUUAUUUCAGUCUCUCUGAAUGAAAACAAAUGUGAUUUUCUCUUUUUUUCUCUCUUCUAAUAAUGCUGAGCCCGACUAUUAACAAUAAAAGCAGAUUCAAAACCUC